UGACAAAAUGGAACCCACCAGCAGUGUGAGGAGACCUGAAAGUGGCACAUUGGCAGAGUGUGGCGAUGGAGACAGCAGCGAAUGGGAGGCCGUACAGGGGACCCACCCCAUGACACACUCUGGACGUGGGCAGUCAGCAUGAGGGAGGCGGUACAGGGACCCAUGACACACUACUGGACCUGGCAGCAGCAUGAGAGGAGCAUGGAGGCCCCAGAUCAAAAAACAGAAUGGUGACCCACCUGCAGUUGUGAGGCGACCUGUGAAGUGGGCAACAUGGGCAGAGUUUGGCGAUGGUGAACAGCAGCAAUGGAGGGUGACAGGGGACCAUGGGACUCUGGACCUUGCUAGCAGCAAG